AUGGCCGACCAGACCAGCGGUACUGACGCUGCGGCCGCCGCUGCUGCGGCUGCCGCCGCCGGCGCUUUCGAUUUCAGGCUGUAUCGAUACACCCCUUCGUUACCUGCCGCAAUUGUUUUUGUUGUGGUUUUCGCAAUUCUAUCCGCGCUUCACGUCUGGCGUAUCCAGCGACACCGAUCCUAUUAUUUCACCGCAUUCACCGUUGGUGGCUUUUUUGAAUUGAUUGGGUACGCCGGCCGCAUCUGGUCACACUUCGAUACGCUCUCGAUCGGCGGUUUCGUUAUCCAGGCCAUUCUCAUUCUCGUCGCUCCCGCCCUCUUCGCCGCCUCUAUCUAUAUGAUUCUCGGGCGCCUUAUUCGCACCUUGAGAGCCGAAGAGCUAUCGCUGAUUCCGAUCGCCUGGGUUACCAGAGUGUUCGUAAUUAGCGAUGUUAUCUCAUUUUCCUUGCAAGCCGGCGGUGGCGGUAUACAGGCCGCUGGCACUUUGGAGCUUUUCCAUAUCGGCGAGAAGAUUAUCAUUGCUGGGCUCUUUGUCCAGAUCGUGGUGUUUGGAUUUUUUAUGAUCACCGCUGUUAUCUUCCAGUACCGCUUUGCUCACUCUAGCAUUGUCGGAUCUGCGCACAAGACCGUCAAUUGGAAGCGCCACCUCAACGUCCUGUAUGCAGUUAGCGCCCUGAUUCUCGUACGAAGCGUCUUUCGUGUGAUUGAGUAUCUGCAGGGCAAUGGCGGAUACCUCAUCUCGCACGAAGUGUUUCUCUAUGUCUUUGACGCUGUGCUGAUGACAGCGGUGAUGGUCAUAUUUCUGGUUUGGUACAUUGACGAUAUUGAAGUACGGCCAGGUAGUAAUGACCUGGAACUUUCCUCGGGAGAAUGA